AUGGAUACCACGGAGAAAAAGAAGAUCUUCUUUGAAGAAGCAGACAGACCUCCACCCUCUUAUUAUGACGACAGUUUGGAGAGAAUGCCGCUCAAGAAGAUACCUUUCCAAACUCCUGAUCCCGAAAGUAAGAUUCGAUUUGUAUUACCAUUGAUGUCUCGUGAUAGAAAAAGAGAGUUGCGAGAAACCCUGAAAUUGGGUACUCAGCAGUGGCUGUCCCAGAAACUUGGGAGGGAGAAGGUAUGA